AUGGAACAUGUGACAUUUAAACACAAGAGAACAACUUUAGAACGAGCAGAGAAAUUUAUAUCUUCUCAUCAUUUUACUGAUAUAAACCUGAGGAGUAGACUGUAUCCAAAGAAACAUCCCCUAAAAUCUAUAUUAAAUUACCCAGCCCCUGGUAGAAUCUCUUAUCAACAGGCUAUCACUCAACAGUUUAAACCUACGCAGGUCGGACAUUCUUUCGGACGAACAUGGGCAACACACUGGUUUAAACUGGAAUUAGAAAUACCGACUGACUGGGCAGGACAAGAAGUUCAUUUAAUAUGGAAUUCCCAGUCAGAGGCAUUGAUCUGGAAAGACGGGCAACCUGUUCAGGGUUUGAGUGGAGAAAAUAACCGUGGUUUGAGUGAUGAAAAUAGAAUUUCAUUUCCUCUUCAACAACCAGGAACAACAUGUCAGGUAUUGUAUAUAGAGAUGGCGUGUAAUGGAUUGUUGGGUUGUGGAUUAAAUGGAAUGAUAAACCCACCAGAUUUUAAGAAAUGUUUUACAUUACAACAAGCUGAACUAGCCGUGUUUGAUCGUCAGGUUUAUAAACUUAUGAUUGAUGUUGAGAUACUACAUGAUAUGGCCAAGGAAUUAUCUGAAGAUUCUGAAAGAGGAUAUCAGGCUCUAUAUACAGUCAAUAAAAUAAUAAAUAUUAUAGAGGUUGGAGAGAGUUCUUCUUAUAACAGAGCCAAGAAAAUAGCUGACAUGUUUUUUAACCAGAAGAAUGGAGACAGUCAACAUACAAUUUACGCCAUGGGACAUUCUCAUAUAGAUACAGUCAUCUUCACCUCAUUUUCAUAUAGAUACAGGUUAGUCAUCUCCACCUCAUUCUCAUAUAGAUACAGGUCAGUCAUCUUCACCUCAUUCUCAUAUAGAUACAGGUUAGUCAACUCCACCUCAUUCUCAUAUAGAUACAAGUUAGUCAUCUUCACCUCAUUUUCAUAUAGAUACAGGUUAGUCAUCUUCACCUCAAUCUCACUUAGAUACAGGUUAGUCGAUGGUAACAUACCUAGUGGAGAAGCUUUCGUUCGACAGUUUUUAUAUGGACAAAGAUAUUUUCUAAAAGAAUUUGGAAUUGUUUGUAAAGAGUUUUGGUUGCCAGACACGUUUGGUUAUUCUGCUCAGUUGCCUCAGAUAAUGGAACAAUGUGGAAUCUCUAGAUUUCUCACCCAGAAACUCUCCUGGAACAUCUUUAAUAAAUUUCCUCACCAUACUUUCUGGUGGAACGGUAUUGAUGGGUCGCGGGUUUUGACCCAUUUUCCUCCGGGAGACUCGUAUCACAUGGUUUCUAAAGUUAAAGAGUUAAUAUAUACGUUAAAGAAUUAUCGUGAUAAAGGUAGAUCUGGGCGGAGUUGUUAUCUCUAUGGUUACGGAGAUGGAGGUAACGGACCAACUGAAGAAAUGGUCAAUAAACUUGAAAGAAUGGAAAAUGUUGAUGGACUACCAAGAGUAAAGAUGGCUACCCCGAACCAGUAUUUUAGUGAUGUAGAGAAGGAGGAUAUUGAUGACCUGUGUACAUGGUCUGGGGAACUCUAUCUUGAAAUGCACAAUGGAACCUACACCACUCACGCUGAGGUAAAGAAACAGAAUCGUAAAUGUGAGGUUUUGUUACAUGACGUAGAGUUUCUGGCUACCAUGGCAACAGUAUCAGGAGAUUAUGACUACCCUCGUAAAGAAUUAGAUAGACUGUGGAAAUUAUUAUUAUUAAACCAAUUCCACGAUGUUUUACCAGGAUCUUCUAUUGGAAUGGUAUACGAGGAUGCCCACAGAUAUUAUAGAGGUCAGUACAGUUCUAAACUAGAUAGAAAUAGUAGGGCAAAUUUAAAUUGUGACAUUCUGCUUUCUGUUUUUGUAAAUACGUUGGGAUGGACUAGAUGUGAGAUUAUCUCCCUUCCUAGUUCACUCUCCAGUCCAUUGAGGAAGAAACAGAAAGCUCCUAGUUAUGGAUUAUCUGCCCUUGAUUCUCCAUCAGAGUUACCUUCUCCUGUUACAUAUUUAUUUUUACAGGGUAGCUACAUUUACCUUGAAAACAGUUUACUGUCAGCCAUCUUGGAUUCCAAUGGUCGUGUCACUUCCUUGACUACAGCAGAUUCCAGCAGAAAUUUGAUAAAUGGAGAACAUCCAGCCAAUCAGAUUGUGUUGUUUGAUGAUAUACCGUUAUACUGGGAUGCCUGGGAUGUCAUGGACUAUCAUCUAGAAACCAGAAAAGUUGUAGAUACAGUUAACCAGUCAGCUGAGAUUUUAGACAAAGGUCCACUUAGAGUCACCAUCAAGGUGUGUUUGAGAAUAUCUGCUGUUAGUUCAUUAGAACAGUAUAUUAUACUAGAUGCUGGAUGUCCCUAUAUUAAAUUUAUCAACAAGGUAUCAUGGCAUGAAAAUCGUAAGUUUUUAAAAGUGGAAUUUCCGACUAGUAUCCAUACCAACCAUGUUUCAUUUGAUAUUCAGUUUGGAUUUUUACAACGACCUAAUAACUACAACACGUCCUGGGACUCAGCCAGAUUCGAGGUUUGUGGUCAUAAAUGGGCUGAUAUAUCUGACUAUAAUUCUGGUCUAGCCGUAUUAAAUGAUUGUAAAUAUGGAUAUUCUGCUGUAGACGGGAUCAUCAGGCUUUCAUUACUUCGUUCACCGAAAGCACCAGAUGAAAAUGCCGAUAUGGGGGAGCAUGAAUUUACCUACGCCAUCAUGCCCCAUCAAGGUAUUUUACAGUCUAGUGGAGUAAUACAACAAUCAUAUAAUUUAAAUAGUCCCUUACUAGUUCAAACAGGAGACAUAUCACCUACUAGUUAUUUUAGUAUCAAUACACCACAAAUUAUACUUGAUACCGUUAAACUGAGUGAAGAUAGUAAAAAGAAAAUAGUAUUAAGACUUUAUGAAAGUUUUGGUGGAAAUACAACAGCUACUAUUUCUACACCAUUAAAAAAUUUGACAGUUCAAAGGUACGUUGGAUAUUCUUAUAGUUUUUAA